CCAAUCUCGUGUGUGUAGCUGUCUCAGCCCUCAGCUUCUCAGCUCCAUAGCUCAGCCCUCUGCUGCUCCACACGCAACAUCAGCUGAUCAGUCACGUGGUCUGAUGUCGUGGAUCAACCUUUGCAAAAUGGAGUUGUCUGAGUCUGUGCAAAGAGGGCUACAGUUUCUAGCCGAUCCGUCCUCCUUCGACCAGAUCGGCUUCCAGGUGCUGACAGACGCGUCUUUCCGGAGUCUGCUGUCCUCUCACGCCGACCCAGGAGUCCUCGAUCAGUCCGAGCUGAAGCAGAUCGACCAGAUCCUGCUGAAACAGAGUCACACUGCAGCGACCACCUUUAUACUGGAGGCGGUCAAACAAAACGCAGACAAGUCAACGAUAAGUUCCUGCCUUGAAGAACUUACAUUCAGUGCAGAGAGAAUAGAAAUAUUCUAUAGCACAUAUCAGAAACAUAAAAAAGAACUGGAACAUCUAUUAGCCAGCAUAGGAAGGCGUCCACCUCAGAUUAACGACGUUUCAUGGCGUCUACAAUACCACAUGAAGAACGGGCAGGUCGAUAAGGUCAACGAGCCUUUCUACUCGAUUUCAUUGAACACCGAGAAUGAAGGAUCCUCGGAAGAUAUCAACUUCACUUGCACAAUGGAGCAGCUACAGGAUUUGAUGGGAAAGUUAAAAGACGCUGCCAAGAGUGUGGAGAAAGCCAGUCAGAUGUGAUGUCGGUGUCCAGUUUCCUCGCCUUUUCUGAACCACCCAGCGCUGAACUUCAUCGGUUUCCAAAGGCGUUGCUCUUCUCUUUAUCUCAUCUUUUGUUUGCUACCUGGGAUUGACAUGACAUGUAUGGGACAAUUAUCAUUCCAAUUUGUGUUUCAAUUAAAACAGAAAAA